AUGCAGUCAAACAAAUCGGUUAAUCCAAAUGCUAGAGAUCAGUGCUGGCUAGAGAGAAUGAAGAAGGAAGAAAACCAUAAGUUGAAGUCGGUUUAUAAAGGAAUCAACAUGAAAAUAGUAUCUUCUCUUCCUGUCUCUGAUAAAUUUGCUUCAAGUAUUGGCCGAAUGAAUCCUAAAAGCUCUAAUUUUAUUCCACUUGCAGUGACAACGGAAUAUUUCAAGAAAAAUCGGUUUAAAUCUAAAGAUGUGUUUGGAAAAGGCACCAAAAUUCUUGACAUAAAAGCUCCAGUCACAACGGAAAUUAGAGGGAAAUAAAAUGUAUUAUGGAGAUGAAAGGCUGAGUUAUAUGGACAAGAAUAUUGACCUAUCACAGCCAGAAUAUAAGAGAUAUAAUUUACAAAAGCCUAAUAAUGCUCCUAUGCCUUUCUCAAAGAGGUCCUACAGCAUUGAUUCUUACAAAUAAAGGAACUUUUGUGGAUUUGAAGCAUCCAUAUCAAUGGGAAAUUAAGCCAAAACAGAAGAUAAAUUAUAGUUUUAUUCAAGAACCAAAAGAAACUUCAGGAAAAGUAAAUAAUUCCUCAUUUAAGAAGUCUGUAUACAAGGAGAAUUGGAAGAAGCAAAAUCCUCUUCAUCAUGGAAAGGAGAUAGCGACAAGGCUAAACUACAUCGAGAAAGGCGGCUUGAAUGAUAGUAAUUGCAUGACGACCAAAUAUUUGAAAAAUUUCUCAACAAUUGAGGAAGUUUCUCCGCUCAAAUCUGCUUACAGAAAGAAUCUUGGCUUUAAUGCUACUAAUUCUGUGAAUAAUUUUUACAAAACUCCAAAAAAGAGGGAAGAGGUUUCUGUAAAAGUUGGGCAUUAUGUUACAGAAGCUUUUAAGAAAUAUCAGAACUACUCGCCUUUGAAAGACAAAUACACCUCAAAUCUGAACUAUAUUUCGACCAGGAAGGAGAAGUAAUGACUAUGAUAAGUUGUGAUUCAUUCAAUAAUA